AUGGCUAGACCUCCAUUUUUUGUCACAAGCUUGUGCACUCGCCAAAAUGUUAACUCCCCAAUCCGUAACCUUAGUAUUGCUGGAACUAGUAGUGGGGUUGAAGGUGAAGUUGCUGUGCAAAACCAAGAUCAAUCAAGUUCAGAGAAUCAUCAAAGUGAGCAACAGAGCUUAGCUGAGAUAGCUAAAGAUGUUUGCAAAGUCAUCCGGACACGACCCAGAUGGGAACAAUCAUUGUCAUCUGAUUUUCCCACUGUUAAGUUUACUGAUCCAAGAUUCUAUACUGAGGUUUUGAAGGCAGAAAAGAAUGUAAUGUUCUCGCUUCGGUUUUAUUAUUGGCUUAGUUCUCAAAAUGGAUUUUCGAGGGAUCAGUUCUCUGAUGAAGUAAUAUUUAGUGGGCUUGUACAAGCCAAGGCCGCCAGUGCAGCUAAAUCUUUUCGACAAAAUAUGAAUUUUGUGCCUCAACCUAGUUGUUGGGAGGCCUACAUUGAGUGUCUUUGUGAAAAUGGAUUGAUUGAGGAUGCCGUCGAUGUGUUUACUGAAUUGAGAGGUGUUGGCUACUGUCCAUCGUUGAAAAUUUGGAAUUCAGCCCUUUCAGAUUCUAUCCGAGCUGGAAGAGCUGACAUUGUAUGGAAAUUUUAUGAGGAUAUGACAGAAUCUGGUGUUGAAGCAGAUGUACAUACGAUUGGGCACUUGAUUCAAGCAUUUUGUAUGGAGAACAAUGUUCCAAAAGGUCAUCAACUUCUUCGACAGGUCUUGGAAGCUGGGCAUGCCCCUAGUAAUGUAGCUUUUAAUAAACUGAUUUACGAAUCAUGCAAGAAUAGAGAUUACUUUAGACUGUCAUCUCUUCUCCAUUCAAUGAUUUCAACUAAUCGUUCUAUCGAUAUAUUAACUUAUCAGCAUGUUAUUCAGGGACUAUGUGAAACGAGAAAAGGGCGUGAAGCUUUUCGGAUAUUUAAUGAUUUAAAGAAUAGAGGCUAUGCUCCGGACAUGGUUAUGUAUACAACAAUGAUUAAUGGUCUUUGUAAAAUGAAAUUACUUGGAUAUGCCCGAAAGUUAUGGUUUGAAAUGAUUCAAAAGGGAUUCAAUCCCAACGAGUACACAUAUAACACACUCAUCCAUGGGUAUCUAACAACUAACCAUCUAAGAGAAGCUGAAAGUCUUUAUAGGCAAAUGUGUGAUAAAGGAUAUGGAAAGACCACAGUGACAUAUAACACCAUGAUUUAUGGGCUGUGUCUUUAUGGAAGAGUAGAAGAAGCUCACAACUUGUUCAAUGAAAUGGCUGAGAAAGGUGUUGCGCAUGAUGUAGUCACAUACAAUUCUCUUAUUCAGGGUUUCUGCAAGGAUGGGAAGAUCGGUGAAGGUCUUCAGUUUUUAUAUGAACUGUUAAAGCAGGGGUUGCAACCAUCACCUGCUUCUUAUACCGUGUUAAUUGAGAAACUUUGUGAGGUCGGCCAGGUUUUGGAAGCAAAAUCAUUGUGGAACGAUAUGCAGGAUAGAGGUGUCAAACCUGCAGCAUCGACUCAUGAUUCUAUCAUACUUGGAUUGAUCAAGCAGGGACAUGAAAAAGAGGGGGUCGAUUGGUUGAGCAGUAUGAUGAAGAGUAGGCUCAGACCAAGGAGACAAACUUUUGAGAAACUGAUUUAUCAUCUUUCUCAAGCAGAUAAGUUGGAUGACUCUUUAUCCAUUUUAGAUUACAUGCUUAGGUUAGGUCAUGUUGCCAGAGAAAGUAUUUUCUGUUCUCUAGUAAAUAAACUUUGCAAAGAUAAUUCCCACCAUAUUGAGAUACAAAUGGGAAAUAUUGUCUGAGCAAUUCAAGACGGUUAAUGUCUUACAAAGAUUGCGAUACCUUUAUCUUGGGAGUUUUCUGUUUUUUGGGUUGUUUCUGAGGUGUACAAUAUGGUUCAGUAAUUGUUUUUCUUGUUUAGCUGUGUUCAUGGGUUGUUUCUGAUUGUAUUUUAUGAUUCAGUAAUUGGGAUUUCUUGUUUAUCUGUUUUCAUGGUUUUUUUUCUGGAUUGUAUUGUAUGGUUCAGUAAUUGGGGUUUCUUGUUUAGCUAUGAUAAAGACCAAUAAAGGAAAAUGUUUAAUAUUUGGUUCAUCAGAGCAGUUUGUGAAUAAUGUUAUACUUGUACAUGUUUUUUCACUAUGCUAAGUGGAUUCAUAGAGCUGCAUUUUGUGAACUAUGCUACUCUGCUUUGAUGUCUUUAAAAUGCAUAACUAGGUUUUAGCAAUUGAAAUUUUUACUAUCAUUAUCCAUUCUUUAGAAUUGAUGACCCUGAUCAUGGGAAUCCCGAUAUCAGAUUUUUUUAAUGAGUAGAUUUUUAGCGAACCCCAACCUGUUUGAUAGUGAGAUGCAGUUGUUGUAAUCAAAGGUUCUACAAUUACUUGCACUACUUUCAGAUUUUUUAUUGUUAGUUGCUGAACAUAACUCCAGACUCGAGGGUGCGUGAUCGAGAAGGGCUGUACCCUUUUGUUUUUGAUAACCGUGGUGUCCGGGCCAGCUUGCACGCACCUCGACUAAUUCAGGAUACCUGCCACCUCCCACCAGCAACAAGUACCAGGUAACUCUGUCUACCAAGGCCAGACCAGAUGGGAACAAAUCACCUAGUGUUUUGUCUCUGCUGAGAUUUAUACCUAAGACCUCAUGGUUCUCAACCCACUUCAUUGACUACUAGGCCACACUCUUGGGUGCGAGAAGGGUUGUACCUUCUACAAAGGAAGUUAAUUUAAGAAAUGAGAUGGCGGUAGGUUGGUGUCAAGGGGUUAAUAUAUUUGCUUGAGAGAUGGGGUAAUCUUUUGUUGCAGGAAGUGGAUGUAGUAUAUCCCUUCUAAAGCUGCAUGUUUUGCCCCAUAGCAUAAUGGAAUAUUUAUAAUCAGGACUGCUAUAGUUUUGUGGCAUCUGUUUUUCCACGAGUUGUUCAAACAAUUUAUUGCAAAAGUCUUAAUAGUUUAGAAUGUUUGGCAUUUAUUGCUUUCUUCUUCACAGAGAGAGGUUAUUCUACAGUAUUGAAAGAAAAGUUUCUUUAUUCUUUUCCUCUCAUCCACUAUGUCAUCUGUUCUGUAGUUGUCGAAGACUGAUUUUACUCUGG